AUGACUGCUGAAUAUGCGCACUCUGUAUCGUUUGAGAAGAUAGGACUAACCAAGCGCCGUAAGAUAUACGCAACCUCGGAGGAGCGCAAGCAGCGCAAUAGACAGGCACAAGCCGCCUUCCGCGAGCGCCGCACAGAGUACAUCAAGCAGCUCGAGAGCACCAUCAAGCACCAUGAGGAGACGCUGCAGAACCUGCAGAACAGUCAUCGCAAUGCCGCCGACGAAUGCCUUAUGCUCCGCUACAAGAAUUCGCUUCUGGAAAGAAUCUUGCUAGAGAAAGGCAUUGACGUCCAGGCCGAGCUGCGCGCAAAGACUGGUAGUCCCAACCUGGGGCCAACACGGCCUCCAGUGUCUGCUCAUAAUUCCCCCAACCAAGCACCGCUCUCGCAGCGUGCAGUCUUGAACCGACAGCAGCAGCGGCGGUCGCUUCAAGGGCCUCCAAAGGCUGAUGGCUCUAAUGGCCUGCCUAUGAUACAGCCCGAUGGGCCUAUUCAGCGUUCGCCCUUGUCGCAGCCCACGCCUGGCUCGCAUCUCUCUUCGCCCGCUCAAUCAGCGACGCGCUCUCCUAAUUUCAUGCCCCAUGGUCAGUCAGUGUCGCCCAACUUUGGGCCGAUACCGCCGCAGCAGCAACAGCAACAGCAGCAGCAGCCAUUGCGGCCUCAGCCACCUAGAUCAAACUUCACACCCAACAUGGGACCCCAGCGGCCAGCUAUACUCACAAACCAACCCCCAGCAAAUGGCAUGUCCAACGCUCCUCCUGUGGCCAACAACGGCAACGGCAUAACGCAGAACAGUAGCACAGGUUUCCAAUUCCAGACGCAAUUUACAGACCAUAUGUCUCAACUGGAGCAGGAGUAUGAGGAACAAGCAGACUCCUACGACCACGAUGACCCGAGCGAUCAAUCUGCAGGCCCCGGUCCCUUCCCGCAGCAAAACUUCCCACCGGCGAACAAUAUGCCGCCACCAAUGCCCCCCUCACAGAACCCCCCGUUCACCAGCCCAGCUGCGCUAGCGCCGAAUGACGGCGGCCAUGUCUUCAAUGGCAUGAACAACCACCUCUUCGACCCAUACGACCCCAUGCUCGACGCUGAUCCAUUUGGGCUCUCGGCAAGCAUGCACUUCCCCACCAUGUACGAAUCUCGAUGAGAGGACACGAAUGAUUCCGAAAUGAGCGAAGACGAUAUACGACACUUAUCUUCCUGGACACGACAUUACUCACACAAGAUCUUUAAUGCUAUUGCUAGCGGGGGUCGAAACUGGCUCAAUCCGCCUUGGACGUGUGAGGGCAGUACAUUGGCGUUUACUCUACACGACUUUGGAUAUUUUCCGGUCUGAAACGAUGGGGGGUUUUCUCAAAAAGUUCAUGUUCCAAUAUUCAGCUUCAGCAACGGUGUUAUGGACAUAGAAGGUAGCUGGCCUUCCAGAAAGUCAACUGUUGGAUGUUGUCAAGACUUGGGUCGAACAAAUUCCAGACUCGAGACAUUACUUGAUUGUACAUACUGUAAUAUUCUGACCGCUGUCCAUAACAAUGAGUCACUUGAAAUAA